GCAAGUUUUCCCCAAGUGGUUACGCGUUGCUCGCCUGUGGUUUGAAGGUGAUGAGAGGUGGUCGUCCCGCGGGUGGGCCCUCUUGGCAGUCCUUCUGUCGCUGGCAACAACGCUCAUGCUGGUGCAUGUGUCAUACGUGCACCGCGACCUUGAGACGGCAAUGUCGGGGAAAGACAAAGGCGGAUUCUAUGGGGCCAUCUGGAAGUAUGCGCUGGUCAUCCUGGUGGCAGCGCCGCUCUUUGCUGCCACUGACUUUGUAGAGAUGCGGCUGGUGCUGGAGUGGCGGAGGUGGCUGACAGGCACGCUGAUGAGCGGCUACUUUGCCAACAGGACCUUCUUCAAGCUACAUCACCAGCUGGGCUUGUUGGACAAUCCGGACCAGAGGAUGUGCGAUGAUGUGCCGGCGUUCGCAGAUGCCAGCGUCACCCUCCUCAUUGGCAUUGUCCGAAAGUUCUUCAUGAUGGUCGCGUUUUCAGGUGUACUGUGGACGGUUGCGCCCAGUCUUGUCUUCUUUCUGUUUAUCUAUGCCGUGGUGGGCACUUGGCUCACGACAUCAGUUUUUGGGAAGCGUCUCAUGCAGCUCCAAUACCUUGUGCUCCAAAAGGAGGGUGACCUGCGGUUUGACCUGGUAAGGACGCGAGAGAACUCAGAGUCUAUUGCAUUCUACAAUGGCGAGAAGCAUGAGGAGAGCUGCGCCACACUGCGCCUGGCAAUGCUGGUUGCCGUGGCCAGGAUCCGCAUCAUAUGGAGCACUUUUCUGUCCCUGUGGACCAAUUUCUAUCAGCAUGCCACCAUCCUGCUCCCGUCCCUCCUGACCGCACCCCGCUACUUUGAGGGGAAAAUUGAGUUCGGUGUCAUCACACAGGUAUACUUUGCAUUUUCUAGGAUAGAGUCAGCCCUGAACUACAUCUUGAAUCACCUACAAGAGUUGAGUGGUCUAGCCGCAGAAGCAGAGCGGCCCAGCAUUGCUCGUUCCAAAUCACAAAAUGCGGAGCUUGUGUUGGACAGUCUGAGUGUGACAACUCCUGAUGGUAGCAGACAGUUGUGCCAGGUAAGCAAUAGAUCAAGGAAAAUGGCAUGUGUGUGCUGUCUGUGGUGUCCACAUGGUAUCAAUCCUGCCAGCUUCCAGUGCCCAGCGGUCACAUGCAAGCAUUGCUGCUACCAGGGCCUCAGCUUCACGCUAGCUCCAGGAGAGUCUCUGCUGAUUGUGGGUCCUUCUGGCUGCGGAAAGUCCAGUCUGCUGAGAGCAAUUGCAGGGUUGUGGACGAGGGGUAGCGGGAGUGUGACGGCUCCGCCACCAACAGACAUGUUCUUCCUUCCUCAGAAGCCCUACAUGCCCCUGGGCCCCCUCAGAUCACAGCUGCUAUUCCCUUCUGCACAGUGGAUCUCGAACAGGGACGGCCCAGUGCCAGACACAGAGCUGCUCUCCCUACUGGAGAGGGUGCAUCUGGCAGCUCUAGUGGACAGAGUGGGGGGCCUGGAUGCAGAGGUGGAGUGGAGCCAUCAGCUCAGUCUUGGGGAGCAGCAGCGAGUGGCGUUCCUGCGGUUGCUGCUGCACUGCCCACAGCUGGCCUUCCUAGAUGAAGCCACUGGCGCGCUGGACACCCCCACUGAGGCUGCCCUGUACACUGCUCUUCGCUCACACUGCUCUUCCUUCGUCUCUGUCGGUCAUCGGUCAGAGCUCGUCCAGUAUCACACACACGUGCUGGAGCAUGGGGAGCAGGGGAAGUGGGCUUUCAGCACUGUACAGGAGUAUCAAAGCAGGCCCCCCCCUCAAGUGAGAGCCAGAGUCAGUGCUGCUUCCAACAGACACUGAGAAUAGAACGAAUUGUGAUCAAUGGCGGCCCUCCUCUGGGAGUUAGAUGCCACAAGGCAGCUUGUACAAGGUUUGGAAGUUUCUGCAGAGUGUUGAGUGAUGUCUACAAGUUGACCGCAAUAAUUGCAUAAAUGAUGACUAGUGACAGUAUAGAUCCAGGCUCUCAGAGACUGUACCGUGGCAGGGUCACCAAGUUGUAAUUGAUGAACCAGUGGCAGCUUGCC